UCGUAAUCAGUCCGCUUCGCGAGUCAGUAAAUUUCGGUCUACCUUUUUUGGUAUUCGGUUUUAGGUUUUCGGUUAUAACGGUUCUCGGACUCUCAGCCAAUUUCGGUGGGUUGGUCAGUUGGCCCGCGGACCGUGCGACGAGUGCAUUCCCAAAAUGAUGUCUGCCUGGAGUAUCUUUAUCGGAUCAUGCUGCCUUCUGGCACUAAUGAUCCAUCCAGUCCAGCCGAAUCCCAUUGUUCCCCGUGCGGAUGUGGCCACCGAGUUCAUUAUCCUACAUAAUAACGACAUGCACGCCCGAUUUGAGCAGACGAGUGUGACCAGUGGCACCUGCUCCCAGGAGGAUGCCAACACGAAUCAGUGCUACGGAGGAUUCGCCAGGGUAGCCUAUGAAGUUCGCAAAUAUCGCAAGGAGGCGCAGGAGGGCGGAACCCCUGUGUUCUAUCUGAAUGCAGGUGACACCUACACCGGAACAGCUUGGUUUACCGUCUACAAGGACAAGAUCGCCAGUGCUUUUCUUAACAAGCUAUCACCGGAUGCUAUUUCCCUGGGUAACCAUGAGUUCGACCAGAAUGUUGAGGGUCUGGUGCCCUUCCUCAAUGCCGUGGAGUUCCCUGUUUUGGCCUGUAAUCUGAACCUUACCGAUGUACCCGAAAUGGCCGCUGCCAAACAGCUAGCCAACUCCACGAUCCUGGAAACGAAUGGCGUGAAGAUUGGUGUGAUUGGUUAUCUCACACCUGAUACCAAGGUGCUGGCAUUCCGUAACAAAGUGGAGUACGAGGAGGAGAUCGUUUCCAUUAAUGCUGAGGCUGAGAGACUGAAAGCUCAGGGCAUCAAUAUCAUCAUCGCCUUGGGCCACUCUGGCUACCAAAAGGAUCAGGAAAUAGCUUUGAACUGUCCGGAGGUUGAUAUCGUUAUUGGUGGUCACUCUCACACAUUCUUGGAUGCCAAUCAACCGGUGGCUGAUCCCACGGACUCCGACCCGGAGGCUGUCCGAGGUCCUUAUCCCACCACAGUGGUCCAGGCUAGUGGCAAAAAAGUUCCAGUUGUCCAGGCUUAUGCUUAUACAAAGUAUCUGGGCAAGAUCCAUGUUCAGUUCGAUGCCGAGGGCAAUCUGAUUGAGUUUGAUGGUGCUCCCAUCCUGCUUAAUGCCUCUGUGGAUCAGGAACAGGAUCUCCUUGAUUUGCUAGAGGAAUACCGCCCCCAACUAGAGGAGUUGGAGAAAACGAUCUUGGGCUACACCAAGGUGUUCCUCGAGGGCGGCAACAUAUGUCGAUUGAGGGAGUGCAACCUUGGAAACAUGAUAACAGAUGCCAUGAUCUAUUCCCGUGUCACGGAGAACAAGGGUGGAGAAUUCUGGACGGAUGCACCGAUUGCCUUUAUGCAGGGAGGAGGAAUUCGAGCCUCCGUUGAAAAGCAAGCCGAUGGAGCCAUCAAUGGAGCCACUUUGCUGACAGUUCUUCCUUUCGAGAAUAAUCUGUUUAUAACCAAGAUUUUGGGAACGACCCUUCUGGCAGCCUUGGAGCAUUCAGCUGCUGUAAGGUUGCAGGACUCGAACGGUGGAUUCCUGCAGAUGUCCGGAUUGCGUGUGGAGUACAACUACAACAACGAGCAGGGCAAACGGGUGGUUUCCGCUCAAGCUCUGUGCUCCAAUUGCUCUGUUCCCACGUACAAAAGCAUCAAUGAGACGGCCUUUUACUUCGUGAUCGUUCCACAGUUCCUGCUGGAAGGCGGCGAUGGCUAUGAUCUGGUCGAGGAAUCGGAUCCCUAUAGUGAAGAUCUCGGCCGAAACGAUCUCAAUGCCACGAUGGAGUACCUGAAGCAGCGCCAUUUCGUCUAUCCUGAGAUCGAAGAGAGGAUUGUGAUCCAUGAGAAGACUGAUACCGGCUCGGCGUCCGGUAUUGUGGCUUCCGUCACGCUGCUCCUGGUCUCUUCCCUGUUAACUAGAUUCUUCUACGCUGCAGCAGAACAUGCGACGGCGCCGGCAACUACGACCGCAAAAAGCGAGGAGAAGUCAAUGGAGUCGUGCCGGUUCACUGGGAUCUUAGUGAUUCUCCUGAUUCACUGGACUCAAGCCAAUCCUAUAUUAACUAAUCCCAAAGUGGCCACGGAGUUUAUCAUCCUGCACAAUAAUGAUAUGCAUGCCCGAUUUGAACAGACGAGUGUGAAUAGUGGCACAUGUUCUCCAGAAGAUGCACAUACCAAUAGAUGCUAUGGAGGUUUCGCCAGGGUGGCUUAUGAAGUUCGAAAGUAUCGCAAGGAGGCGAAGGAGGGUGGAACUUCCGUAUUGUACUUAAAUGCUGGUGACACCUACACAGGCACAGCUUGGUUUACUAUCUUUAAGGACAAAAUUGCCAGUGCUUUCCUCAACAAAUUGGAACCAGAUGCCAUAUCCCUGGGUAAUCACGAGUUUGAUGAGAGGGUAGAGGGUCUGAUACCAUUUCUCAACGAGGUCAACUUCCCUGUUUUGGCAAGUAAUCUGGAUCUUAGCAAGGUUCCCCAACUUAAGGCCACCAAGCACUUGGCCAAUUCUACCGUUCUAGAGGCUAAUGGCACUAAGAUCGGAGUCAUUGGUUAUCUCACUCCGGACACGAAAAAACUUACCCUCAAUAUGGAUGUGGAGUUUAACGAGGAAGUUGAGUCCAUCAAUGCUGAGGCCAAGAAAUUGAAGGCGCAGGGCAUCAAAAUCAUCAUCGCUCUAGGUCACUCUGGUUAUGCAAAGGAUCAGGAAAUAGCAAAGAACUGUCCGGAGGUGGAUCUAGUGAUUGGUGGCCAUACGAACACAUUCCUCUACAAUGGUGCCCAGCCGGAUUCGGAACACAUAGAUGGUCCCUAUCCGACGUUGGUCAAGCAAAAGAGCGGCAAGGAGGUUCCGGUGGUGCAGGCCUAUGCAUAUACCAAAUAUUUGGGAAAACUUCAUGUGCAGUUUGAUGCCGAAGGUAACCUUAUUAAGUGGGAUGGUGCUCCUAUCCUGCUCAAUGCUUCAGUGUCUCAGGAGCAGGAUCUCCUGGAUCUGCUGGAGGUCUAUCGCCCGAAUGUCACUAGACUGGAGAAGGCAGUCGUCGGACACUCGAAGGUUUAUCUGGAGGGUCGCAAGGAGGUUUGCCGGGCAGCGGAAUGCAACCUUGGCAAUCUGAUAACCGAUGCGAUGGUGUACAGUCGCCUUAUGGAGGAGCAAGGCGGCGAUUUCUGGACCGAUGCUCCCAUUUCUAUAAUGCAGGGAGGAGGCAUCCGUAGUUCUAUUGAAAAGCGAUCAGAUGGCUCCAUCACCGACAGCGAUAUCCUUUCCGUACUGCCCUGGAGUAAUAAUCUCUAUAUGACGCCGAUGUCAGGAAAAACUCUCCGCCGAGCUUUGGAACACGGAGCUGCCUUGAGGGGCAAGGAUUCGGACGGUGGUUUUCUGCAGGUGUCUGGCAUCCAAGUGGUGUUUAAUCCUAAGAAACCUGAGGGUCAGCGCGUGGUCUCUGUUAAGGUUCGAUGUGGUGCUUGUCUAGUGCCCACCUAUGGUGAUCUGAAUGAUACAGCUACCUACAAUGUUGUUCUGGGAGAGUUCUUGUUGGAUGGUGGAGAUGGACAUACAUUUAGGGAUCCAGCAUAUAAGCCGCAGCGUCUGCAAAAUAACGAUAAGGAGGCGGUGUCCCAAUAUCUUAGGCAACGGCAGUAUGUUUAUCCCGAUAUCGAGGGUCGUAUUAUUUUCAUAAAUUCGGCUGGUGGACUUAUGGGCUCAGUAGCCCUGAUCGUUAUUACUUCCCUCUUGAUGAAUAUAUUCAAUUAGAAUUAAAUCUUUACAACCUACCUUAGUUUACGCGUUUAUACUAUGAUUCCUUAACAGUAGUCCUUUGCAAUAAAAAUUUAAAUUUUUUGAUUAAA